UUGGUGGUGACAAAAGCAUCCGAAAAUGAAAACAACCUCGACGUUGGUAGUAUGAAUGAUAGCACAAGAAGUACAUUUUAUUCAAUACAGUCUGGCACGCCACCUAUAGAAUCUACUGGAGUGCUAAGUUCUAUAUUUGCCAGAAUUUUGUCGGGAAAAAUUUUGAACGGGAACUUUGUAGUUGUCUGGAAUGAUUUUGGUGGGUACUCAAGACUAGAAGAUGUUUCGAAGAAGAUUGCUGGAAAUCUAAGACUAGCUAUAUCAAUGGUAAAUGAGGGUAGGCUGAGAGACGCACGGGCAGAGUUGCUGUCCUUGGUUGAAUCCUCUUCAGUGCAGGGGAAACUAAUCAUUUAUAACCAUCUGGCCUAUAUCCACUUUCUAUUUCUUGAAUUCCACGAAUCCAUCUUCUACCUGGACUUAUUUUUAGAAAUAGCAUGUGGCUAUGACUGGGAGUUUGGGUUUAACUGCAAACUGUUACUUGAAAGGCAUGCAGGGGUUCCAUCAUUGACGCCUUUUGUCACGGUGGAAUUUCCUUUAGACAAAGUAGAGCCCACCAUUGGUAAUAUUGGUGUUGAUGUAAUUUCUAGAAAUUUUGAAAAUAAGCUUUUGGUUAGACAAAUACUGUCUACAAGUUUCCAGAGAAUAUCACUGUAUAGCAAGGUGUACUGCACCAAGGAGUACCUUGCUCAAUUUUUUAAGACUUUUAGGAAACUAGUUCCUGGGUUUGCUAUUAUAUUUAUAUUUCAUCAUAACGACAAACUGUACAUAUACAAUGUGUUAAAGGCAGUAUCACUAGAUCAUCCAAGAGAAUGCAGUGAUGGCUGCUAUUUGAGUAUUUAUUGGAAAGAUGUGGUGGACGAGUUUGAAAAUGUUAUGGCUGAGAACCAGAAAGUGCUUUCAAUGAAUGCAGUCACAGCAGAGGACAAGAAGUACUGGUGGUCAACAAGAAUUAGGCUAGACCAGAGCUUGGGAGAGCUAAUAAGAAAGCUCAGGAGUAGAAUAAAUAACAAUAUUAACGAUUGCAAAGAAGGGGUGUCUGGAAUUGAGACAGAAGAUGGUAUUAAAAAUAAGAAAGAUGCUGCAAAUGAAGAAACAGAUGGAGAUAAUAGCAGCCGACUGCUGUUGAUCUUAGAGGAUUCUGUUGCUUUCUUUCCCUUUGAAGCAGUUUUUGACAAGCCAGCCAUGCGAAUCCUCACGCAAGACUUUUCUUUUCACACUAGUGUUUCUGAUAUUAAAUCAAUAUUCUAUUUGCUUGAUCCUGCAAACAACCUCCAAAAUACUCGAUCAACAAUUUUUGAAUAUUUAGACUCAAAAAAUUUUGAUAAAGAUUUUCUAAAAGGUGUUAUUGGAAGAUCCCUGGAUCCCGAAGAGAUGCGUCUGCUUUAUAAAAACGAGCUCUUCAUGUACUUUGGGCAUGGGACUGGAAAGAAGCAUUUUGACGUCCCCAGCAUCACGCCUAAAUUAUUGUUUCUGUUUGGCUGUAGCUCCUGCAAACUAAUUCAUAUUCAAAACUUUAAAUCAAAUGGAUUCUGUUUAAGACACCUUAAAAAGAAAAGAAUUUUACUGGGAAAUUUGUGGGAUGUGACUGAUAAGGAUUUGGAUAAGCUCACGCUGGCAUUUCUGGAGGAUUUCUUUGAAGGAAAGGAUGUUUUGGAGUCAAUUUUUGUGAAUAGAAAUGUAUGCAAGCUCAAGUUUCUGAACUCAGCAGCACUUGUGGUGUAUGGGAUUGUGCCCAGAAACUUUAAGAUCGAGUCCAAAUAA